ACGCUGCCCCAGCAGGAAACAAAGGACGAGCGCAAGCGGAGUACAGGUGUUUUCGUCCUUGUUGUGUUGUCGACGCAUAAAGAGCCUAAUUUUGCUUUUGCUCGGUGGAUUGGGGUGUUAUGCCUUCUUGGCCCUCAACUUGCGGCUUCUACACUAGAUGAUAUUCGUCCCUGGGUCGGCCAAAAUGACCAUUGCCCCCUUCGAAAGGAGUCCGAGCAUUUUCUGACGCUUGGACCACUUUCCGUGCUACUUUCUAUACUGCUGUGAACUCGAUUUGUUUUCUCGAAACCAGAUUCGUAGGUCUCUGACCUACGAAACCAAACGUUACCACCAUUGAGCCCAUAGUAGAAGAAGCCCAGUGGAGUGCGAUGAAUUUCACGCCCUUCACUGGCGCCUUCACUGGCACAAUCCCAGUGCACCAGUUCACCGCUAAGUUUGCAAACGCCAAUGGCCAGACGACAGUCCCUCCAGGCACGGUGGUGCUGAGUGGCGGCGAUGGCGGCAUCCACUACCUGCGCCCCACUGAGGUGGUCAGCCAGGCAGGCACCCUCACCAACCAGACGCUAAUCACGGUGCCGGUCAGCAUGGAGCAGUCCACCUCCAAGGAAGAUUCCACGAGCACUGUCCAGGCACAUAGCAUCCAGCCCACAGCCACAGUGCAGAACUUCGAUAACAAUUUCUCCUUGCAGGUUUUGAACCACGCAGGCAUCAAGUACAACAUCACCCCCGUGUCCAUGCAGCACUUCUCGCAGGUCGGCGGCCCCGGCACAGUGCUCACAGUUGCCUACCCAGCUGACCUGGACGGAAUCACAGUUGACGGAAAAGGCACCCAGACCCAGAUGAUCCCUGUGGAGAUCCAAGGGCAGGACCUGUGCGCCACCCUCGUUGUGGCAGCACCGUCAGGAGAUGGUGAUAAAGUACUUUUCCGGACACAGGACCAAGACGGGAAUAUUAGCGAUGCAAUAUCCGAAUUUUUGACAGGUAUACCUGUUGAGAAGCUGAUCACAAUUAAGAGAGAGGAGGGUGUUGACGACGGCAAAGAGGGCACCGUCAUCACCAGCACAGAGCAGCAAAUUGAGCUUCAAGGUCAAACAGUCACCACCAUGCCGGCCACGUGGCAGAGCAUAGCUGCCCCUGGCUCGACGGUGGCCGACUACCUGGCGCGAUUGCCAGCCUCCACCCUACCCCUCAGUUUGCACCACUUCCUCAAAUUCUCGGCCGAGAGCAUCAAGAGAGAGAACAAUGAGGCAUGCACCGUGACCUUGCCACCUGCACAACCCAUCGUUGUCACCACCGUCAACGAGGCUGACGGCACCGAGGGCACUGUCACAGUCACAACUAUGGCUGCCCCAGAAGGCGUGCAGGAGGAAGCCGAUACGGCGGGCAAGGCCAAGAAGAGAAGGCGCGGCACCAAGAAGGCCAAGCAGCCCAAAAUGCGCCCUGGCCAGGUGCAGCUGACCACCGCCCUUGACGGUACCACCCUGUUCUGUUGCCCAGAGUGCAACAUGGCAUACCCGGACAAAGAUCUGCUUGAGCAACAUCUUGUGGCUCACAAAAUUGAGAGAAGGUUCAUCUGCGACAUUUGCGGGGCUGGCUUGAAGCGCAAAGAGCACUUGGACAGGCACAAGCAGGGCCACAACCCUGAACGACCGUUCAUUUGCUCUGUCUGCAUGAAGGGCUUCAAGCGCAAGGAGCACCUGAAUCUGCACUUUGUCAUCCACUCUGGCGAGAAGACGCACAUCUGCCCUGAGUGCGGCAAAGGCUUUUACAGAAAGGACCACUUGCGUAAACACUCGCGCAGCCACUUGGCCAAGCGGAUAAAGUCGGAAAUGAACAGCGCAGGCAACACUGCGCCUAACCAGCCGCCACCGCCGCAGCUCAAAAUCGAGGUGAUCCAGCAAGUGCCGUCGGCGGACCCGUCCUCGCCCACUGAAGACCCCCUCAAGUUGAUUCCGCUUGGUGAUAAACUGGUGUAACACCCGCAGUGACGGACGGUGACUGACUCUCUCAUCCAACAAACAUACAAACAAACGGAAGGAACUGACGUCAAGUUAGCGUGCAAAGUUUGUCUAUUUUUUGUUUAAUUUGUAUCGCAGGACCAGGCCGUCUUCUUAACGAAUCUUUAUAAUGAAUAUAAUUAUAUUAUAUAUCUUUAAAGUUAGGGUCACUAUGCUUUACAAUGAUUUUUAACUUAAAACACCAGGUCGCUUUGGUGGCAAUUUGGCUCGCAGCUGGAGCGAUCAGUUGAAUCAUGUCUGACGGCGUUAAAUUUCCUGGGUCGUAUUGCAAAUCAAGUUAGUUGGUCUCUAUAAAUUUAGCCUUUCCUGCUACUUUAGCCUUGCAACAAGGUUGCUGGGCAUGCAAGACACAUGUAUUUAAUACACAAACAACGAAGACCCCCCCCCCCCAUUAAUUUUUUGCCAGAGAGUCCCCCCUCUCAGUAAUUUGAUUUCCUGGCUCGUCCUGGCUGUUUGAAAGAGACCGUAACAUUUUUAUGAAUUACCUGACCAAAUGUGAUGAGAAGAAUAAUUCCAUUGCCGACUCAGUCCUGAUUCGACAUCCAGCUUAAGAACUUUUGUUUUUUAUGCUAAAAAAGCGACGGCGCCCAUGUAAUAUGGGCAUUACAAUUAACUUUUUUUAUUAAUAUUGAACAGAAAAUUUACUUGCGAUUGUUUUGUAUAGUAGACAUCCAGAGUUUGAAGAGCAGUGGUUUUAACACACAGCAUGAAAGUAACAACUCACACAAACACUUACUUUUUUUUAUUUUUCCAUUGCUGUUGUCGACAAAAUACAGCGUCCUGAAAAAUGAGAAAUAUAUCCACGAGUAAUAUAAAUAAAUAUAUUUAUUGUAGUAUAAAAAUCAGAUAAUUACUAAUAUGGGCUAGACUGGUACUCUGGGUUUAUAUUUUUAAUAAUUGAUAAUUAGGUGUUGUGACACUGCAGCAGUCUUAUUUUACUAAUGGUGUACCAGUAUUAAAGCUGCCUGUUUGUUCAUUCGUACGUACCUUUCAUCAAGUGUGUCAAGACAAAAUCUUAUUUAAUGGAGAACAGCCAACGCAUUUUUUACUUGUUAUAUAUGUUCACAAAUUAAAAAAAAAAACAGCAAUUCUGGCAAUCCCUUUUGUACGUAAAACACUGCUAAGCCAAAUAGUUCAUUGCAAAUGUUGUCUUGACCUGUGGCUGUUUGCGACUUUGAGUUUAAUGGUCAAAGUGUAGUUUAUUAUUAAUUUUCAUUAAUGGACUCCUUGAUGCUGCAUUGUGCGCCGUUCUAAAAAAGAAACAAGUUCAAUCCGAUACAACGGAUGCUAUCGUUGUUUUUCCAAGAAAAAAAAUAAUAGUUUGUUAGUGUUAUUUUUAAAAA